CACGCAGGGAGGAAGAGAGAGAGGGGAGGGAGGUGUGACUUUCACCUGCUGGAGAAUCUAGCCUGUGUCUGCUCUGCUCUCUGCCUUCAGCUAUAGAACCUGCUGUCAACCUUGCACAGACAUAGAGCAAGAUCACAGCACUACUGGAACAGCUGCACCCAGGGCUCUCUCUCUGCUGCUUCCUCCAACACUCCGGCACUCUCUCACUCUUAACACACACACUCACAGGCACACACACACUCAGGCACGUCCAGAACUCUACCACGCAAGCGCUCACACACACACUCACGCAGGCACACCCCCUCUCUAUCUGUGCAGUGAGAAGCUCUGCCCGUGUCGGUGUGAGCGGUGGACUGUUUCUCUCUCUGGCGGCAGCAGUACUAGCAGCAGGACUGGUCCAGUGGAGGGCAGUCAACUCGCUCUCUCCAGACUCCAGGACAGCUCACGCUCUGGACUUUGGAAGCCCUCAACAAGCCUCUCUCCCUUUCUUUCUUUCUUUCUUUCUUUUUUUCUUUCUCUUUCUCUCCUCUUUUUGCUUCUCUUUCUUUCCCUUCUCUCUCCGCCUCGACGUGACGCAGUGUUUCUGACCUUCAUCCCCCUCGUGUGCACAGCGUGGGCCAGUGGGACAGCCAUGGAGGACACCCUCACCUGCAGCCCUGCCACCUUCUCCCAGGUGUUCGGACGUCAGGGACAGCUCAUGCAGGCUACGGUCCAGUCCCUGAACAGUCUGAAUGACCAGAUCGUCCACUUCAUGGUGACCAGGCCCGGCACUCUGUCCCGGGAGGGCGAGGCCUUCAUGCCCGGAGAGAGAGACACCUUGAAGAAGUCCAUGGCCCUGAUGAGGCACCUGCUCAUGGACGCACAGGGGAAAAUCCUUAAAAUGAUGGAAGACAACAAGCAGUUGGCUCAUAGGAUCGAUGGGGCCAUCCAGUCUGCCAGUCAGGAGGUGACCAACCUGCGCUCAGAGCUGUCGGCCACCAGCCGUAGACUGGCAGAGCUGGGGGCCAGCAGCCCCCCCUCACCCCUGGAGAACAACCACCAGCAUCACCAGCACAACCACCAUGACAGCCUCCGCUACCAGGAUCAUAGGCAGAAGUCGGUGGUGAGCGAGAUCUGUUACCAGACAGAGAUCUCCAGCCUCAUGGACUUUGGCACCCCAGACUCCUCGCUCGACAAAGUGUUGCUGCGUGAGGAGGUGGCCCAGCUGCAGGAGGAGGUGCACCUGUUGAGGCAGAUGAAGGACAUGUUGAGUAAGGACCUGGAGGAGACCCAGGGCUGCUCCUCUCACCUCCUUUCAGCCACUGAGCUCCGUGUGCAGCUGGGAGACAAGGAGCAGGAGCUGGACCGCGCCAAGGAGGCCUUACAAGCUAUGAAGUCUGACCGUAAGCGUCUGAAGGUGGAGAAGGCCGACUUGGUGAACCAGAUGCAGCAGCUGUACACCACACUGGAGAGCCGGGAGGAGCAGCUCCGAGACUUCAUACGCAACUACGACCAGCACCGUAAGGAGAGUGAGGAUGCUGUGAAGGCCCUGGCAAAGGAGAAGGACCUGCUGGAGAGGGAGAAAUGGGAUCUGAGGAGGCAGACCAAAGAAGCUACAGAACAGGCCUGCAUCCUGCGUUCUCACAUGGACAUGAAGGAGAACCGCAUCAAAGAGCUUGAGGCUGAGCUCACAAUGGCGAAACAGUCCCUGGCCACAUUGACUAAGGAUGUUCCGAAACGCCACUCCCUGGCCAUGCCCUCAGAGCCGGUGGUGAACGGCAGUCAGGAGUGGGCGAUGCAGGGAGACUUGCCCCUCACCGCUGCCAUCCGCCAGAGCCAACAGACCCUCUACCACGGACACACUGUGGACCGCCAGGCGGUGGUCAGGGUCAGUCCCUGUCACUCCCGCCAGCCCUCCAUCAUCUCGGACGCGUCGGCGGCUGACGGGGAUCGGUCGUCCACCCCAAGCGACAUCAACUCCCCCCGCCACCGGACCCACUCCCUCUGCAAUUCUAUGGAGGACCUGGAGGACCAGAAGCGUAAGACAAAGAAGAAGGAGAAGAUGAGUCUGGGCUCCCUGUCCCGGGUGUUUGCUCGGGGAAAGCAGCGCAAGUCAAUGGACCCGGGCCUGUUUGAUGACUCUGACAGCCUCUCCAGCCUAUCAACACAACAACCCAGCCUAUCAGACGGAGAGGAGCAGCUGGACCGCCUCCAGCAGAUGGAGCUCACUCGGAACACACCCAUGUCACUGUGGAAGGCAGGGGCGGUACAAGCCUGGCUGGAGGUUGUCAUGGCAAUGUCCAUGUACCUUCGUGCUUGCUCGGAAAACGUCAAAAGUGGGAAGGUGCUGCUGGGGCUGACAGACGAGGACCUGGAGCUGGGACUGGGCAUCAGUAACCCCAUGCACCGCAGGAAGCUACGCCUCGCCAUCGAGGACUACAGGGAGGCAGAGUCUGGCCAGGGGCUAUCAAAGGCUGCUGAAAUGGACCAUCACUGGGUUGCCAAAUCUUGGUUGAGUGACGUCGGGUUGCCCCAGUAUUCCCAAGCCUUCCAAAGCCAACUGGUGGACGGCCGGGUGCUCAACUCCCUCAGCCGACGAGACCUGGAGAGACUCCUGAACAUCACCACCAACUCCCACCAAACCAGCCUGCUCCUGGCCAUCCAGCUCCUGCAAUUGCUCAACUUCGACAAAGAGGUCCUGGAGGCUCGUCGAGCCCAGUGUGAGCACAAGGACCAGGACCCAGUGGUUUGGACUUGCCACAGAGUCAUAAAGUGGAUCAGAGACAUAGACCUAAAAGAGUAUGCUGACAGUCUUCAUGGCAGGGGAGUCCAUGGUGCUGUGUUGGCUCUGGACCCCUCAUUUGAUGCAGAUGCCAUGGCCAAGGCCCUGGGAAUCCCCAGCCACAAACAUAUGCUUCAUCGGCACAUGUUUGAGGAGAUGAAGGCUCUCUCCAUCCCUGCCAGGCAAACUAGUGUGGAGCAGGAUUGUGAAGUGCCGGGAACGGGAGCCCCACCACAAUCCCCUUCUGCUGUUAGCCGCUAUAACGAGGAGAUAGUGUCUAUGAGACGAAGGUCAGGCAAGAGUCCUCUUCGGUUUAACCCAAAGAUCGCCAUUGGGCGGGGCCUUGGUUACCAUGGCAGCUGUGGAUCUCUGCCCAGAGAGGCACGGGUGCAGGCUGUGCCCAGGACAAAGGGAAGUCCCAUGCACACCUACAAGAAUGUAGAGAUCACCAAUGUCUGAACUGUGCCCUGUGGGGGAUACAGGUGGUUGGCUCCAGGGGAAAAGCAUUCAAUAUCAACAGAAUUGCUGUUUUUUGACCAUCUAAAAUAAAUCCAAAUCUUCGUUUUUGGAAUUGACGAUUUAUUUUCAAUUUCAGAAACAUUUGAUUUAUUGUUCUACAGUAAUAAAUAUCAGUGGACUUAAUGCCUUAUGUUUGAAUAGGAGAAAACUGUAAACACGUAACGUUCAAAGCUCCACUUUGCAGGAAAACUGGUGGCAUAUGUUUCCUUUCAAAGGAUGACCGUCACAAUUGUUCUUUAACAAGGCAUCUCUUGUAACAUACAUGGAGGAACAUGAUGGUAAUAAUGUGUUGGCGCCAUAGCAAAAGUCCAUGGAGGGUGAAAGUGGUCUGUUCCCGUUGCCAUGUCAGGAGGAUGAUCAUUCACGGUGGUCAGGAUCUCUGGAAGGAAGAAGCACGGCUGAUGUCUCGGUCCUUCGACGUCCAUGCCCUGUUCCAUGUAUCUCACUUGCCCGGCCUGGCCGGCCUCCGUGUGAAAGGAAAGAGAUGUUGGCCCGGCCUGCCUGGGUUUCCUGGCUCAAAUCAGUUGCAGAUGUUCACUACUUGGGACCCAUAUCUUCGGGAAAACCGCCAUUCCCUGGGUUCCAUGUAAGUUUAGAAUUACAUUCCCAUAUUGUGAGAGAUAACUGGCCUUGAGUUAAGACAACAGCCAUCAGGAGAAUAAGGUGGGGGGGGGGGGGGUCUGGAAAAUUCCAAAUGCUUAGCAGAGCUUGCAAUUUGUUCAAAUAGCUCAAAUAUGGCCAAGAGGCACAGACUACAGUUUGUUAUGUUUAUCAGAAAUAUAAUACAAUUCCUUGUAAACAUGCUGGAAAAAUUCCUAGAAACUACAGAGGCAACUCAGCUUUUCAUACUGUUGAAUUCAACUCUUUUGUUUGUUAUUUGCAAAGGAGUCUUUCAUUUCAUUGUAAAUAUGGGAAAAAUGUACAUUCUAAUAUUCAAUUCAUAAUAAGAUUUUGCUGUCUCUCAAAGUGAUUACGAUAUUGUAAAUAUUUGUACAGUUUGCAUUACGGAUACUGAAGGUCUAAUGCCCUGGUGUAGAAUGUUUACGUCGGCCAGGAUGUCAAGGGAAAUCUUAUUUGUUUUCUAUCAUCAUUAACUCAGAGUGCACGAGUAUACAGUACAACAGUAGAGCAGUGUAUUUCACCAGAGCAUUCCACAACCAUAUCACACAUUCAAACAGCUGGAGGGGGCAGAGAAACAGAAGAGAACAGGUAUAUCAGCUAUGGCGAUCUCCUACAAAAACCAUCCCCAGCACCCUGGUGAACAUAGUCAGAUAGACAUACAAAGUGGGAACAUUAGACUAGUUCAACUUAGUCACAUGUGGUUGUAAGAUGUGGUUUGAAUAUCAAAGGCUUGUGCGUUACAGAAAAAAGCACACUAAAUUGUUGAUUUGUUAUGGCGUAAAACAGUCUACUUUCACUCAAGCAUACCACAUAAGUAUAGUCAAGACUACUAACAACAGAAAAGAGUGGCAAUUUCCAUUGAAUGAGAAAGAGGUCAGAGUUUAUAUUGUAUUGUUUUCAUAUAGGUGUUUAUGAAGUAAUUAUGUACUGUACAUGUGCCACUGCUGAAAAAAAAAAUGUUUGAAACUGCUGUACAUGAACUACAAUACAUGACUUGUGUUUUGUGUAGGCCUACUCAAUAAUAAAGAUAUAAAUGCUAUCAGA